AUGGCCAAGCGCCACCUCGUCCGGCCCUGGCUCAGCGUCUCCCCCAACGGCUCCAGGCCCUGGAGACAGAGCUCCAGAGCCCGGUCUAGCGCGGGCCGGGGCCUCUACCAGCGAGACCUCCCGAACCGAGUGGGCCGGGAGGUGCUGCGGAGCUGGCCCGGGGCGCGGGAGGCAGGGCUGGCCCCGGACGGGCGCGCGGGCCGGCAGGGUUCCGAGGGGAGGGACCUGGGCCUCGAGGGGACCCUCCUCACCGACAUCCUCUACAGGAAUGUGGCCUUCCUCAAUCUGGUGGACCCCAUCUCCCAUGACCUGCUUGUGAACCUGGCCCGGGACCUGCAGUGCCCCAAGACGGACUAUGAGCUCUGGAAGUCCUCGGAUAAGAUCUGCCGGCAGCUAAUCUACCACCUCACCCCUCACUCCAAGCGGCAGCGGGGGUCCAGCCUGCCCCGGAGGAAGACCCAGAGCUGCCUCAAGAGCAGCCUCCAGAUGACUCAGCUGGCGGGGGAGACCGUGAACCUUUCGGGGAUUCUGCUGUCCACGAGGGAUGUGCGGCACAUCAUGCGCUACCUGGGAAGCCAGGGAGCCGGGCUCACGGUGCUGGACCUGAGCUUCACGGGGCUGAGCGACGAGCUGCUGCGCCUGAUGCUGCCCAGCCUCUGGACGCUGCCCCACCUCACCCAGCUCCUGCUCAACGGCAACAGGCUGACGAGGGCCACUGCUCGCGAGCUCACUGAGGCCGUCAAGGACUCCGCCAAGUUCCCCGCGCUGGCCUGGGUGGACCUGGGCAACAAUGUGGACGUGACCUCCCUGCCCCAGCCCCUGCUGGUCGGCCUGCGCCGGCGGCUCAGCCAGCGCACCUCACUCCCCACCAUCUACGAGGGCCUGGACCUUGAGCCUGAGGGCGGCGUGGCUGGGGCCACCUCUGCUGCGUCCACCUGGGGCUCUGCAGCCGCUGGGCCAGGGUCUGAGCCCCAGGCCUGCUGCACGAGGUGACCCGCCACCCACCCUGGCUCCUGCCUGAGUGCCAAUGCUCCUAGGCACAUGGCAUGGGGGAUGAUGGAGGCCCUCCAGGCCCCCAGAAAUCCAGUGUAAAUGCGCAGCCUGGGAUGAAGGGGAUGGAAGGAGAAGGGGUUCACCAGAGUCCAGAUGGUCAACCCAGGAUGGACUGUCAGGCUUCCCUCGGCAGGAAGCGCCCGGCACCUGCUGUGCCGAUCCCACAGUAAACGGUGAUGUCCU